AAUUUCCUCAUUUCUAAUAAUAGGAGGACUGUUGUGAAUCCAAGAAUAGUUAUGAAAGAUGUCAAGACAAAGCGCUAAUUUACAAAGCCGCUUGGGUUUACUUGUGUUGCAGAGGUUUUGUUUUUGAAUUUACCAGUGCAGAAUUGAAAUACAUCAAGCAUAAGGUUGAAUUGUUUUUAAAAUUGGAGGGAAGAUUGGGAAAUGGUGGCAUUUAGUUUAGUGGACUUAUAGUUCAGGUGAUGACUAGGUUAUGUCAAAGAACUGGCAUUGGGAAAGAAAGCCAGCCUCAGAACUGUCUCUCUGAUAUUUACCUCUCUGAAGUGCUGUGAACAGGUUCAGGUGUAGAACAUUAUGUAAAAUUCUGUUACCUUUUCAGUUAGUGAUUAGGAAAACAUUUUGGCCAUCACACAGACUGGUUUAACAGGUCUGGGGCUAGUGUUUUUCUUUCUUUAAAAUAAUUUUUUAAAAAUAUAUAAUAUACUAAUAGUCGUGGUUGAAGAAAGAAGUAAAUUAAAAUGAAAAUUGUUGGAAUAAUACAUUGGAAUUUAGAAUUUCUAAUUGGAGGAGUCUUUUUACAAUUCAGAAAAAAAGGUUAACUAAUAUGCUCUUAAAGAUUAAUAAUGGUAGAAGCUAUGCAUCAAGCAUUUUUCCAUCCCUUAAAACAGCAAGAUUAUGAAGAAGUGAAUGAACACUAAAGACUCAUUGGUUGAAAAAGUUUCUUUAACUAUGAGUUCUUUUUGGAAGUGGAUAUCUGCUCAGACAGUGAGAAUUAUAAGAGCUCUGAGAGCUCAUUUUGAAGAAAUAAUGGAUGAGCCAUCCGCCUUGGCCAAACCUCUGGAGCUGAACCAGCACUCCCGAUUCAUAAUUGGUUCUGUGUCUGAAGAUAACUCGGAGGAUGAGAUCAGCAGUCUGGUGAAGCUGGAUCUACUGGAGGAGAAGGAGGGCUCUCUGUCACCCACUUCUGUCAGCUCGGAUACACUCUCUGAUAUGGGCAUCUCUAGCCUACAGGAUGGCUUGGCCUUACAUGUAAGGCCCAGCAUGUCUGGCUUGCAUCUAGUAAAGCAAGGUCGAGACCGAAAGAAAAUAGACUCACAGCGAGAUUUCACUGUAGCUUCUCCAGCAGAAUUUGUUACUCGCUUUGGGGGUAAUAAAGUGAUUGAGAAGGUUCUUAUUGCCAACAAUGGCAUUGCAGCAGUGAAAUGCAUGCGGUCUAUCCGUCGGUGGUCCUACGAGAUGUUUCGAAAUGAACGUGCAAUCCGAUUUGUUGUCAUGGUCACACCUGAAGACCUUAAAGCCAAUGCAGAGUACAUUAAGAUGGCAGAUCACUAUGUACCAGUGCCAGGGGGACCAAACAACAACAACUAUGCAAAUGUUGAAUUAAUUCUUGAUAUUGCUAAAAGGAUUCCAGUUCAAGCAGUAUGGGCUGGCUGGGGUCAUGCUUCUGAGAAUCCCAAGCUCCCAGAACUUCUUUUGAAAAAUGGCAUCGCCUUCAUGGGUCCUCCAAGCCAGGCCAUGUGGGCUUUGGGGGAUAAGAUUGCAUCUUCCAUAGUGGCACAAACUGCAGGUAUCCCAACUCUUCCCUGGAGUGGCAGUGGUCUUCAUGUGGACUGGCAAGAAAAUGAUUUUUCAAAACGUAUCUUAAAUGUUCCCCAAGAACUCUAUGAAAAAGGCUAUGUGAAGGAUGUGGAUGAUGGGCUAAAGGCAGCAGAGGAAGUUGGGUAUCCAGUAAUGAUCAAGGCCUCAGAAGGAGGAGGAGGAAAGGGGAUCAGAAAAGUCAAUAAUGCAGAUGACUUCCCUAACCUCUUCAGACAGGUUCAAGCAGAAGUCCCCGGAUCUCCUAUAUUUGUGAUGAGACUAGCCAAACAAUCUCGUCAUCUGGAGGUGCAGAUAUUAGCAGAUCAGUAUGGCAAUGCUAUCUCUUUGUUUGGUCGUGAUUGCUCUGUACAGCGUAGGCAUCAGAAGAUUAUUGAAGAGGCACCUGCUGCUAUUGCUACUCCAGCAGUAUUCGAACAUAUGGAACAGUGUGCGGUGAAACUUGCCAAAAUGGUUGGCUAUGUGAGUGCGGGGACUGUGGAAUACCUCUACAGCCAGGAUGGCAGCUUCUACUUUCUGGAACUAAACCCUCGGCUACAGGUGGAGCACCCUUGUACAGAGAUGGUGGCUGAUGUCAAUCUCCCUGCAGCACAGCUCCAGAUCGCCAUGGGGAUCCCUCUGUACAGAAUCAAGGAUAUUCGUAUGAUGUAUGGGGUAUCUCCCUGGGGUGAUGCUCCCAUUGAUUUUGAAAAUUCUGCUCAUGUUCCUUGCCCAAGAGGUCACGUUAUUGCUGCUCGGAUCACUAGUGAAAAUCCAGAUGAGGGUUUUAAGCCCAGCUCAGGAACAGUUCAGGAACUGAAUUUCCGCAGCAAUAAGAAUGUAUGGGGUUAUUUCAGUGUUGCUGCUGCAGGGGGACUUCAUGAAUUUGCUGAUUCUCAGUUUGGUCACUGCUUUUCCUGGGGAGAAAACAGAGAGGAAGCAAUUUCAAACAUGGUGGUGGCUUUGAAGGAGCUAUCUAUUCGGGGUGACUUUCGAACUACAGUUGAAUACCUGAUCAAAUUGUUGGAGACGGAAAGCUUUCAGUUGAAUAGAAUUGACACUGGCUGGCUGGACAGACUGAUAGCAGAAAAAGUACAGGCAGAGCGACCUGACACCAUGUUGGGAGUUGUGUGUGGGGCUCUCCAUGUGGCUGAUGUGAGCCUGCGGAAUAGCGUCUCUAACUUCCUUCACUCCUUAGAAAGGGGUCAAGUCCUUCCUGCUCAUACACUUCUGAACACUGUAGAUGUUGAACUUAUCUAUGAGGGAAUCAAGUAUGUACUUAAGGUGACUCGACAGUCCCCUAACUCAUAUGUGGUGAUCAUGAACGGCUCAUGUGUAGAAGUAGACGUGCAUCGGCUGAGUGACGGGGGACUGCUCUUGUCCUAUGAUGGCAGCAGUUACACCACAUACAUGAAGGAAGAAGUGGAUAGAUAUCGCAUCACGAUUGGCAAUAAAACCUGUGUGUUUGAGAAAGAGAAUGACCCUUCAGUGAUGCGCUCACCUUCUGCUGGGAAGUUAAUCCAGUACAUUGUGGAGGAUGGAGGCCAUGUGUUUUCUGGCCAGUGCUAUGCUGAGAUUGAGGUGAUGAAGAUGGUAAUGACCUUAACAGCUAUAGAGUCUGGCUGUAUUCAUUAUGUCAAGCGGCCUGGAGCAGCUCUUGACCCUGGCUGUGUAAUAGCCAAAAUGCAGUUGGAUAACCCCAGCAAGGUCCAGCAGGCUGAGCUUCACACCGGCAGUCUGCCACAGAUCCAGAGCACAGCACUCAGAGGCGAGAAGCUCCAUCGAGUGUUCCACUAUGUCCUGGACAAUCUGGUCAACGUGAUGAAUGGAUACUGCCUUCCAGAUCCUUUCUUUAGCAGCAGGGUAAAAGACUGGGUAGAGCGGUUGAUGAAGACCCUCAGAGAUCCCUCCUUACCUCUCCUAGAAUUGCAAGAUAUCAUGACCAGUGUCUCUGGCCGCAUCCCCCCCAACGUGGAGAAGUCUAUCAAGAAGGAAAUGGCUCAGUAUGCUAGCAACAUCACAUCAGUCCUCUGUCAGUUUCCCAGCCAGCAGAUUGCCAACAUCCUGGAUAGCCAUGCAGCUACACUGAACCGGAAAUCUGAACGGGAAGUCUUCUUCAUGAACACUCAGAGCAUUGUCCAACUGGUACAGAGGUACCGCAGUGGCAUCCGAGGCCACAUGAAGGCUGUGGUGAUGGAUCUGCUGCGGCAGUAUCUGCGAGUAGAGACACAGUUCCAGAACGGUCACUAUGACAAAUGUGUCUUCGCUCUUCGAGAGGAGAAUAAGAGUGACAUGAACACUGUACUGAACUAUAUCUUUUCUCAUGCUCAAGUCACCAAGAAGAAUCUUCUGGUCACAAUGCUUAUUGAUCAGUUGUGUGGCCGGGACCCUACACUCACUGAUGAGCUGCUGAAUAUCCUCACAGAGCUAACUCAACUCAGUAAGACCACCAAUGCUAAAGUGGCACUCCGAGCACGCCAGGUUCUUAUUGCCUCCCAUUUGCCAUCAUAUGAGCUUCGCCAUAACCAAGUAGAGUCUAUCUUCCUAUCAGCUAUUGACAUGUACGGACAUCAGUUUUGCAUUGAGAACCUGCAGAAACUCAUCUUAUCUGAAACAUCUAUUUUUGAUGUCCUACCAAACUUCUUCUACCACAGCAACCAGGUGGUGCGGAUGGCAGCUCUGGAGGUGUAUGUUCGAAGGGCUUAUAUUGCCUAUGAACUUAACAGCGUACAACACCGCCAGCUUAAGGAUAACACCUGCGUGGUGGAAUUCCAGUUCAUGUUGCCCACAUCUCAUCCAAACAGAGGGAACAUCCCCACGCUAAACAGAAUGUCCUUCUCCUCCAACCUCAACCACUGUGGCAUGACUCAUGUAGCUAAUGUCAGCGACGUGCUGUUGGACAAUUCGUUCACUCCACCAUGCCAGCGGAUGGGUGGAAUGGUCUCUUUUCGGACUUUUGAAGAUUUUGUCAGGAUCUUUGGUGAAGUGAUGGGCUGCUUCUGUGAUUCCCCACCCCAAAGCCCCACAUUCCCUGAGGCAGGUCACACGUCUCUAUACGAUGAAGACAAGGUCCCCAGGGAUGAACCUAUUCACAUUCUGAAUGUGGCUAUCAAGACUGACUGUGAUAUUGAGGAUGACAGGCUGGCAGCGAUGUUCAGAGAGUUUACCCAGCAAAACAAAGCUACUCUGGUUGAGCAUGGAAUCCGCCGCCUUACUUUCCUGGUUGCACAAAAGGAUUUUAGGAAACAGAUCAGCUAUGAGGUGGAUCAGAGAUUUCAUAGAGAAUUCCCUAAAUUUUUCACGUUCCGAGCAAGGGAUAAGUUUGAGGAGGAUCGUAUUUAUCGUCACUUGGAACCUGCCCUCGCCUUCCAGUUAGAGCUGAACCGGAUGAGAAAUUUUGAUCUCACUGCCAUUCCAUGUGCUAAUCACAAGAUGCACCUGUAUCUUGGGGCAGCCAAAGUGGAAGUGGGCACAGAAGUGACAGACUAUAGGUUCUUUGUCCGUGCGAUCAUCAGACAUUCUGAUCUGGUCACCAAGGAAGCUUCUUUUGAAUAUCUACAAAAUGAAGGGGAGCGGCUGCUCCUGGAAGCCAUGGAUGAGUUGGAAGUCGCUUUUAAUAAUACAAAUGUUCGUACUGACUGCAACCACAUCUUCCUCAACUUUGUGCCCACGGUCAUCAUGGAUCCAUCAAAGAUUGAGGAAUCUGUGCGGAGCAUGGUAAUGCGCUAUGGAAGUCGGCUGUGGAAAUUACGCGUCCUCCAGGCAGAACUGAAAAUCAACAUUCGCCUGACACCAACCGGAAAAGCAAUUCCCAUCCGCCUCUUCCUGACAAACGAGUCUGGCUAUUACUUGGACAUCAGCCUGUACAAGGAAGUGACUGACUCCAGGACAGCACAGAUCAUGUUUCAGGCAUAUGGAGACAAACAGGGACCACUGCAUGGAAUGUUAAUCAACACUCCCUAUGUGACCAAAGACCUGCUUCAAUCAAAGAGGUUCCAGGCACAGUCCUUAGGGACAACAUACAUAUAUGAUAUCCCAGAGAUGUUUCGACAGUCCCUGAUCAAACUCUGGGAGUCUAUGUCCACUCAAGCAUUUCUUCCAUCACCCCCUCUGCCUUCUGACAUACUGACCUACACUGAGCUCGUGUUGGAUGAUCAAGGUCAACUGGUCCACAUGAACAGGCUACCAGGAGGAAAUGAGAUUGGCAUGGUGGCUUGGAAAAUGACCCUUAAAAGUCCUGAGUAUCCAGAAGGCCGAGAUAUCAUUGUUAUUGGCAAUGACAUCACAUACCGAAUUGGGUCCUUUGGGCCCCAGGAGGAUUUGCUGUUUCUCAGAGCUUCUGAGCUUGCCAGGGCAGAGGGUAUCCCACGCAUCUAUGUAGCAGCCAACAGCGGAGCAAGAAUUGGAUUGGCAGAAGAAAUUCGUCACAUGUUUCAUGUGGCCUGGGUAGAUCCUGAGGAUCCUUACAAGGGAUACAAAUAUUUAUAUCUGACCCCUCAAGAUUAUAAGAGAGUCAGUGCUCUCAACUCUGUCCAUUGUGAACAUGUGGAGGAUGAAGGAGAAUCCAGGUACAAGAUAACUGAUAUUAUUGGGAAGGAAGAGGGACUUGGAGCAGAGAACCUUCGAGGUUCUGGAAUGAUUGCUGGAGAAACCUCAUUGGCCUAUGAUGAGAUCAUCACCAUUAGCCUGGUUACAUGCCGGGCCAUUGGAAUUGGGGCUUACCUUGUCCGGCUGGGACAGAGAACCAUCCAGGUUGAAAAUUCUCACUUAAUUCUGACAGGAGCUGGGGCCCUCAACAAAGUCCUCGGGCGGGAAGUAUAUACCUCCAAUAACCAGCUCGGUGGCAUCCAGAUCAUGCACAACAAUGGGGUGACCCACAGCACCGUUUGUGAUGACUUUGAGGGGGUCUUCACUAUCCUGCACUGGCUAUCAUACAUGCCUAAGAGCGUGAACAGUUCCGUUCCUAUCCUGAACUCCAAGGAUCCUAUAGAUAGAAUUAUCGAGUUUGUCCCCACAAAGGCCCCAUACGAUCCUCGAUGGAUGCUGGCAGGCCGUCCUCACCCAACCCAGAAAGGUCAGUGGUUGAGUGGAUUUUUUGACUAUGGGUCUUUCUCGGAAAUCAUGCAGCCUUGGGCCCAGACCGUGGUGGUUGGCAGAGCCAGGCUAGGAGGAAUACCUGUGGGAGUAGUUGCCGUAGAAACCCGAACAGUGGAACUCAGUAUCCCAGCUGAUCCUGCAAACCUGGAUUCUGAAGCCAAGAUAAUCCAGCAGGCUGGCCAGGUUUGGUUCCCAGACUCUGCGUUUAAAACCUAUCAGGCUGUCAAGGACUUCAACCGUGAAGGGCUGCCUCUGAUGGUCUUUGCUAACUGGAGAGGCUUCUCUGGUGGGAUGAAAGAUAUGUACGACCAAGUGCUGAAAUUUGGUGCUUACAUUGUGGACGGCUUACGGGAGUGCUCUCAGCCUGUGAUGGUCUACAUCCCUCCCCAUGCCGAGCUUCGGGGCGGCUCCUGGGUCGUGAUCGACCCCACCAUCAACCCCCGGCACAUGGAGAUGUAUGCCGACCGGGAAAGCAGGGCAUCAGUUCUGGAGCCAGAAGGGACUGUAGAAAUCAAAUUCCGCAAAAAGGAUCUGGUGAAAACUAUGCGUCGGUUGGACCCCGUCUACAUCCACUUGGCUGAGCGAUUGGGCACCCCUGAGCUCAGUGCAGCUGAGCGGAAGGAGCUGGAGAACAAGCUGAAGGAGCGGGAGGAAUUCCUGGUUCCCAUUUACCACCAGGUAGCCGUGCAGUUUGCUGACUUGCAUGACACACCGGGCCGGAUGCAGGAGAAGGGUGUUAUUAACGACAUCCUGGAUUGGAAAACAUCCCGCACCUUCUUCUACUGGCGGCUGAGGCGCCUCCUGCUGGAGGACCUGGUCAAGAAGAAAAUCCACAACGCCAACCCUGAGCUGACUGACGGCCAGGUCCAGGCCAUGUUGAGGCGCUGGUUUGUGGAAGUGGAAGGAACAGUGAAGGCCUACAUUUGGGACAACAACAAGGACCUGGUCGAGUGGCUGGAGAAACAGCUGACAGAGGAGGACGGCGUUCGCUCAGUAAUAGAGGAAAACAUCAAAUACAUCAACAGAGACUAUGUCCUCAAGCAGAUCCGCAGUGAGCAGUCUGUGGGGAGACACUUCAAGGCUAUGCAAACGUCCUGUACUCAUCAGAAAUUUCACCUGGAUUUAGCCUCCGUGGAUGCUUCUUGCUUGAUCCAGUCUUUACUCUUGGUCCAGGCCAAUCCAGAGGUCGCCAUGGAUUCCAUUGUCCACAUGACCCAGCACAUCUCACCCACUCAGCGAGCAGAAGUCGUCCGGAUCCUGUCCACGAUGGACUCCCCUUCGACGUAGAGAGCUUCCGCCCUCGCCCUGCCUCCAGAGAAAAGGGCUAGACUAGAGCUGCCUUUUACUACGGAAACCACUGUAACGAGAAGGCACGGGAGACCCAGCACUGGAAUCAAACUGGCGUUUUGCUUCCCCUCGAAUGUUUCAGGUUCUGUGUGGCACACGGGGACACAGGGUCACAGAGCCAUGCUCCAGCCCCCGUCACACUGUCCCGUUCAGUAUUUAUUACCCUGCACACACCCAAGAAGGCAGUGAAGGGUACACACGUACCAUGAGGUCUUCCUACACAGAAGCAGGGCUGCCCCUUGGUCUCAGCCCCGGGAGCCUGCACCCCAGGUAGCAGGGGAGGGCUGGGGCGAGGAAGAAGCCUCACGUCCGUUAUUUCUUUACCCCCACGUUCAGCCCAGCACACACUAGCACUGAAGAGGAAUCAUUCCAGCCUCAUCACACCAAGGUCCUGUUUGUGAAGGAAAAUAGAGCAUGAAAUCGGCAAGCUCCAUGGGAACUCAAAGAUGAAGGCAAACCAUGAUCCAAAGAGCAGAGAAAGAAAACAGACCUAGUCACUGUUGUGGAUUAGAGGCCUCAACGUCGAGGUCAGUUCUCUUAGAGCAAAUGGAGAGAUGGGGACCUACCACUCCCUGCAGGUCACUGCCCAACAGGCCAGUGCGGGGAAGGCUGCCCUCUGUCACUCAUGGGAAGUAGUCUCUCAUUUUAGGACUUGGGAGGUUGUCACUGUUAAGCCUGGAGCGAUGGUAGUCACAGAGGUUAGUAGUGCCUACAGAGUCGCUGUCUCCAUUUCCAGGGCAACAGGUCUCCCCACUGCUGCUGACAGGACCCCUGCGGACACCUAUGCUCUCGGCACCAGGAUCCCAGAAUCCACAUGACCUUGAGAUUACCUACGACUCCCUCUUGGUGCUGCUGUCUUCCAGGCUCACGGGGCCCUACGCGCAAAGGCUCCUCACGGGUGGUGGAGAACGCUUGUUUUUGUCAACAACCAGUUUAUUCAAGGAGAGAGCUUACUGAUUCUCCCGUUGGUAUUCCUAAAGCAAGAGUGGCAGGUGAUCAGGCUGGUGUAGCAUCCGUUCCUACAGAGCAGCUAAUUGCAUUUGUCACUGGUGACCAAGGAGGAAAUCACUGGGACGUCUUAGAAGCACUGAUAUGAAUACUUGUGUACAACCUCCAGAUUUGAGCCUUAACCCUGUAGUUCACAAGAAAGAGCUCCACUUCCCCUCCUUUGGGAACAGUUUAUGCAGAUGGAACUGUGUGGCUGGGUCUGUCACCACCCUCCCUCUCCCCCCAGGAGCACGGGGCCUCAGCCAGGCUGCCCUGGUACAGGUACAGUGUUUGGCACUACCAGAGAAGGGCGGGAAAAGGUAGGGAAUAACCCUCAGUCCAGGAGGCAGCAUCCACUGUUGCUAGUAUCUGCUAACCCAGUAAGAAUUGACUUCAUCUCUGACCAUAUUAUUCCUCUCCACUUUCCUGCAAUAAAUACAGUGAUAUGCACUGACAGCUGGUGUGAAGCCUGCUCUCCACGGGCCUGUGCUCGCCCGGCAUUUCUUCAGAGGCAGAGUGGGUUACUCUCAUGUGCCUCUCCCCUCUGCAAAUUAUGACACAUUAAACGAAUCCAUUUCCUCUCUAGACCCCUGUAAUGCCUACUGCUCCAUCUCCAGAGCACCUCACUUUAGGUCUUACCCUGGACAGGGAUUUUUCAUAUGGAGAAGACAGAAGAGCCACAGAGUGUGAGCCAGCUGACAUCCCACAGCCCCCUGCACAAGCAAGGUCGCUGAGGCAGGCGGGUAGCAAAGUACGGACCAGGACGUGCUGGACUGAGACUGCCUCAUGGUCCCACCACCUCGUUCACAGAGCAGCCUUCACUUGUCUCAUUGGAAGUUCGAUGGACACACUCUGAUGAGCAAGGAGCUUCAGUCAAAUCUUUUCACAUUUUGUGGAAAUAAACCUCCAAUUUGUAGAAGAGUCACUGUUUGUCAUUUCAGCCCAUACCCCGCCUCUCAAUCUUGCUCCACACAGAGCAGGGGAGCCUCCCGCCCCGGUGGCUGAGCCCCGCUCGUCAUGCCGAAAGACCUCGAGGCAGGAAACCCGUGAGUGUGUGCCUUCAGCCCUCUGCCUCGGUUCCUCUCUCUGAUUCCAUGCGGUUGAAGUGAGAACAGACACCAAACCCUAAACUUGUGCAAAAACAGGUAGAGGUCACAAGAGAGCAGGAGGGGAAGCACUGACCUCUGCCGACUGUUAAACUCGGUGCUGUGUCUGUGUCCUUGGGACGUGUAACUAAGCAAAGGGUGGCUUUCUCUAAGUGACAUAAAUGUUACACCCACAUAUCACCGGGUGGAGUCGCCCUAAGCGAGGUGCCUAGAAAUGGGAGGAAGAAGGGAGGUUCAGGGUCUGGGAGAAUCUGCUUCUCCGAGCCUUCAGCUGCUGCACUCCAUGGGCAGGCAGCCCUGGUCAGCAUCGAGGCCUCGGACUUCCCUCCUUCUGUUGGGGAGUGAUAUUUCCUUCAGUCUUUUCAAUAAAAGAAAAAUUUUAAUUUCCA